CAAUUUUCCCACUCUUUUCUUUCGAUUUCAUUUUGAAACCCUAGCCCUAAUACUUUCCCGGGAAACCCUCGAAACUUUCCCGGAAAAAUUCAACCAACCCAAACCAACUGAGAAAAUGUUGGAACUCAGGCUUGUUCAAGGCAGCCUUCUGAAGAAGGUUCUGGAAGCCAUCAAGGACUUGGUGAACGAUGCCAACUUCGACUGCUCGGCCACUGGGUUUUCUCUGCAGGCCAUGGACUCGAGCCACGUGGCGCUGGUGUCUCUGUUACUGAGAUCGGAGGGGUUUGAGCACUACCGAUGUGACCGUAACAUUUCCAUGGGGAUGAGUUUGAGCAAUAUGGCUAAGAUUCUGAAGUGUGCUGGGAAUGAUGAUAUUAUUACUAUUAAGGGUGAUGAUGGGAGCGAUACUGUUACCUUCAUGUUCGAAAGCCCCACACAAGAUAAGAUUGCGGAUUUUGAGAUGAAGCUUAUGGAUAUCGAUAGUGAGCACCUAGGAAUUCCCGAGGCAGAGUUCCAUGCUAUUGUUCGUAUGCCUUCGUCUGACUUUGCAAGAAUUUGUAAAGAUCUCAGCAGCAUUGGUGAUACUGUUGUGAUCUCUGUGACAAAGGAAGGAGUAAAGUUCUCAACAAGAGGUGAUAUCGGAACUGCUAAUAUUGUCUGCCGGCAAAAUACCACAGUAGACAAGCCAGAGGAAGCUACAACUAUCGAGAUGAACGAGCCAGUGUCAUUGACAUUUGCCCUAAGGUACAUGAACUCUUUCACCAAGGCGACUCCACUGUCAAACACGGUUACCAUCAGCUUGUCUUCUGAGCUUCCUGUUGUGGUCGAGUACAAGAUUGCUGAGAUGGGUUAUCUCAGGUUCUACUUGGCUCCUAAGAUUGAAGAGGAUGAUGAGGAGACAAAGCCAUAAGUUAAAAUGUUCAGCAUUUUAUUUUCAACUGAUAGCUUUGUUUGUUCUUGUACUGAACGGUACCUGUAGCAAAAAUGGUUUUCUUAUACUUGUGUUUAUUUGAGGACUCUACAUGUGCAAGCAAGCA